GUUACACUGUGGGAAUACUAAGAAAACCAGUGUUGUUCGGUAUAAACCCGCACUUUAGGUUAGUGUAUGUCAGUUUAGUUGUAUGGAUCAAAUGUAUGUUUUUUUCAAUAUGACUUGUAAAAUAUGCAUCAUAUACAUACUUUAGAUCUGUUGAAUUUGUCGGCGGAGAGUCGUUGUUUCCCUAAUCGCUACGUACGUGUACAGGGGUGAAGUAGUUAUCUGGAACGCUAAGAAACUUCUGCUGACUGCUAAGUUUGGAGCAUCUUUCAUAUUAUCUUUGGUUUAGCGAAGGGAGCACGUGUGUUUACAAGUGAAGUGUGUAAUAGCAGACACUGAUGUUUACGUUGUGAUGUGCGUAGUAAGAUACUGCUCGUAAGGUGCUGUAUGUCGUGUAUUAUUCGCUGUGUGACAAAAAUUUACCCAAAUUUUUGUGUAAAAUGGAUUUUAAUGACAGCAUUUCGAUAAAUGUUGGAAGUUUUUCUUCUGAUGUCGACAACAUAUCGAAGGUUGGAAAGACACGUUUAACAGUACCUUCUGCGGUUUCCAACAAAGGUAUGGUAAAGAAAGCUGUUAAGCACAAGAGAGAAUUUUCCAAAGUUGAAGGUUUCGAUAGGGAAACUGUUAGUGAUACACACCAGGAUGAACAAGAAUCUGCACAUAUUCAGUCUGAGAGAUCUACCAGUUCCAUACCUCAUGCCACAGAAGGUUUUAAGAGAAAGAAAUCUAAUGAAGCCAAGAAUAGAGAUGACUUUCAUGAGAAGGACACAAAAGAAAGCCAAUUUCGAGCAAGGAUGUUGGAGAAAGAGCCCACAGAACCAGUGAAGGAAAUUUUAUUUUCUACAGACGAAUUUAAAGCGUUGCCUAUUCAUCCUUUUACUGUUUCUAACUUGAACCAAAAUAUGAAUAUAAAUAAGUUAACAAUGGUUCAGAAGAUGACAAUACCAACCAUAUUAUCAGGUGUGGAUGUUUUAGUUAGAUCACAGACAGGUAGUGGCAAAACUUUAGCAUAUGCUGUGCCUAUAAUUGAAGCUUUGCAAAAAAUAAGACCAAAGCUGUCACGAAAGGAUGGCGUCCAUGCCCUCAUUAUCGUGCCAACCAGGGAAUUGGCUCUACAGACUUAUGAAGUAUUCGUCAAACUUCUUAAACCAUUCACAUGGAUAGUACCCGGAUGCCUGAUGGGUGGCGAAAAGCGGAAAUCGGAGAAAGCACGACUAAGAAAAGGAAUAACUAUAUUGGUGGGCACACCUGGGCGACUUUUAGAUCAUGCUAACAAAACUCGUGCCCUGAGGUUUGAUCGUACUUCAUGGCUGGUUGUAGAUGAAGCAGACAGACUGUUUGAACUGGGCUAUGAACGUGACAUUAAUGCCUUGCUGCAGUUGUUGGAUGAUCACCGGAAAGAAUAUGAAUUGUGUUACGGUGCUGGAUAUGGUAGCAUUCUUCGUCAGAGUGUACUCCUCUCUGCAACACUUACACCAGCUGUUAAAAAUCUUUCUAAUCUUGCUCUAAGAGAUCCGACAUACAUUGAGACUGCUGAAGAAGGUGGAACGGAAGUAAAGAAGGAUACAGAUAUCACCCUGCCUUCAACUUUAUCUCAGUACUUUAUGAUGACACCAGCAAAACUUCGCCUUGUCAGUCUCAUUGCAUUCAUUGUCUGCAAAUGUCAGUUCAGCGAAGAAAGGAAGAUCAUAGUGUUCUGUGGAACACAAGAUAUGGUGGACUUCCAUACAGACAUAUUCUCAGUAGUUCUGAAUGAUACUUCAGCUGCCAUUGGUAAUAUCUCAUCUGAGGAUGACAUAUCAGAUGAAGAGAGUGAAUCAAACUCAUUGAAGAAAAAGAAGAAACUUAAAACACCGCUUGUUAUCAAACAAGAUUAUGAAGAAGGAGCCCUUGCAGAUAUUGACGUUUUCCGGCUACAUGGACAUAUGUCUCAGCAGGAAAGAACAGAAGUUUUCAAAACAUUUAGGAGUGCCUCGCGUGGUGUGCUUUUCUGCACAGACGUGGCGUCCCGCGGCCUGGACCUGACGCUGGUGGACUGGGUGGUGCAGCUGUCGCCACCGCAGUCCGUGUCGCACUACGCACACCGAGUGGGCCGCUCCGCUCGCGUCGGCGCCCACGGCUCUGCUUUGCUCUUCCUCGUCGAUUCGGAGCUCGAGUUUGUCGAGACACUCAACGAAGCUCGCAUCAGUUUAGAGGAGCAAGAAAUGUCUACCUACUUCGAGUACUUAAAGAUGGCCGUUAAUGCUUCGCCGAGAUGGAAAAGUGAGCUGGAAACCUACCUUCAUAAAGCAGAAACUGUAGCAGUAGGUCUCCAGCACUCUCUUGAAGACAUCGUGUUAAACGACGAGAAACUUAAGCAGAAGGCAUGUAAAGCGUAUACAUCGUGGAUGCGCUUUUACUCGAGCUACCCCAAGGAAGUGCGGUCUAUCUUCAAUAUGAAGCGGGUGCACCCAGGGCACUUCGCGUCCAGCUUCGCGCUGCGCAUGGCUCCGUCGCAGAUCGUCCGCUGCUCCAAGGGUCUGCCGACUACCCCACUGCCGCCAAGGCCGAAGAAGACACACUCGCCCGUCAAGAGGCCACAGCAGCCCAAGUCAACAGUUUCCGAGUAUGAUAGCGGGUUACCAGCCAUCAAAAAGCGACGUAAAUCUGGAAUAAAAUAAAUGAUCGAUGAACAAAAAAGAAAAGAAAGAAAAAAAUCUGAUGUGUGAAACAUUCCUGAACCACGUGAGCUGUUUCUGUCAGUGCUGUAAAUCUCGGUACAUAAAUGAGAAAGAAAAAUU